GAUUUAGGAGAAAAAUUCGAUUUUGCAAAAAUUGUUUUCGAAAAAACACCAAUUGGCGGCGAAUGCAUGCCCGCUCCAAUGAGAAAGUCUGCAAUAUGGCGUCAAUUAUGAUGCCUACACGUGUCGAUUUACGGCGCCGAUAAAAACAAGUUUUCGCCACGAAUUUCAGCACUUUCAGCAGAUUUCCAGUGGAUUUCCAGUGGAAUGGCAUUUCGAGGUGGUCAAAUGCGAGGACCAAAUCAAGACGCGAAUUAUUUGGAACGACACAAUGAUGACUUGGUUGGUGGAUUAUCGUCAAAAGUUGCAGCUUUAAAACGUGUGACGAUUGCCAUUGGAGACGAUGUACGUGAACAAAAUCGCCUUCUCAACGACAUGGACAAUGAUUUUGAUUCUUCCAAAGGCCUUCUUCAAUCUACAAUGCGUCGUCUCGGACUUGUUAGCCGUGCCGGUGGAAAGAAUAUGUUAUGUUAUCUCAUUCUCUUCGCACUUUUUGUAUUUUUCGUCGUCUAUUGCCUGUCCCGUCGUUGAACACCCACCAAUCCCUUUUUCCUCGUAUUAUUUGUACAUUUUUGUACUUUUUCUCGUCAGUUUUCAUACACCUAGAGAACACUAACUGUGAUUAAUUUAUUUAUUUCUCAUUUUUUAACGAUCAUUUCAAUAUUUAAUUUUUCUUUAAACUGUAAAUUUAGUAAACUCUUUUUGAAAAAUCGAAAUUUUGGAAGAUUACACUCAAUCGAAAACUGCUCGUUCUAGAUGAAAUUUGAAUUUAAUCGAUUUUAGUCCGUUUUGACUGAAAAAACACAAAUUAAUUGGCCAUUUGAAAUGUGCCCUAGUUGAAUGAAAAAU